CUUGGGGGCCUCUCGGGCCUUCUUGGGGCGGUCUUGGGGGCCUUUGGGGCUAUCCGUAGCGAUUUUGGCUCAAGGCCGCUUCGGCCCAAGCUUGCUUUCACUCGCCACUACUGCCAGCGAGCUGAGGCCUCCUCGACCCGAUACAGCAGAGCACUCAAUGGCUGCCCGGCUUGGGCCCCUCGCCUUGGCGGCGCUCGUGGCGCUGCCCGCCGAGUGCCUGGAGCUGGGGUGGACCUCGCCUACGGCGGCUCCCUCUCCAUCGCGAGGCUGGCGGAGGCGGAGCGGAAGAGGCUCCACGAUCUGGCGUACGAGAGGGAGUUCACGGUGGAUCUGAACAUGACGGAGGCCCACGUGAGCGGCAAAUCCUUGGGCGCGCGGGUGGACACGGACACGGACUUCACCCCUCUCUCGGUCCUUCAGAUCCAGAAGAGCGGCCUGUUGGAGACUUGGAACAGGCCAACCCAGACAGGGCGGUGCACGUGGGUGACCAGAUCGUGAAGGUCAACGACAUCAUUUGGAAUCACAACUCUCGCACUUUUGCAAAGCGCAUCAGUGGUCAGUUCCUGGCCGCCAAGGGGUACAGGGAUGGCGCGAAGAAGACGCUCUCCCUGUCCAUCCAGCGCCCGAGGCAGCAGAAAAAUACCCGCUUCGAGUCGCAGAGGCAGGACUUGCAUCGGCAGCAGUACUCGAAUGAGCUCGUCGCUAACAUUCCUGUGAUGCGAAACCGCUCGGUGGGCUUGGAGCUGAACGCUGCUGUCGACUGGGUGCCUGCGUCCGUCCACAAGCUGGACAGCACGGGCCUGGUGGCCCUAUGGAAUCAGGAGCACCCCGGAUUCAGGAUCUACCCGGGCGACGAGAUCAUCCGCGCAAGCCGCGUCGUAUGGCACCACAUUUCCAAAGUCUUCGGGGGCCGCAUCGAGAGCCAGUUCAGCCACAUGGCGCAGAGGAGCUCGCCCUCGGACGAGGUCCUGUUGCUGCACGUCCAGAGGCCCAGAUCGGUGGUCGAGAAUCUAGAAGACAGGGUGUUCGUGAAGGAAGCCGGAGAGCAGGGCGGCCGACAGACCGCCAAUGUUUCGUACGCCAGGGGCUGGCUGGCGACGAUCCCCGUGAGCGUCGGCCACAGGCUGGGGCUGGAGCUGAACGCAACCGACGAACCGACGAUUGGCUUCCUGUCACGGUCGCGAAGAUCGAGAAGCUGGGGGCGGUUCACAUGUUCAUCGUGGAUAACCCUGACGAUGCCCUCGUCCCCGGGGACCAGAUCUUCAAGGCCAACCACGCGAUGCGGAGGAACGACUCGCACGCGUUCGAGAAGCUCCUUGACCAGCAGUUCGCCGAGUCCGCCUAGAAGAGCAGCUCGCGCGAGGCACGACUGUGGGUCCAGAGGCCCGCGGGGGUCGACCCAGACGCCGGGUCGAGCGAGGACAAUGCAGAUUACGUGGGGUUCACCGCCGAGCUGGGCGUCACCAUCGCGCCGAGCGAGACCAUGGGCUGGGGGUUGAACGCCGCGGAUGGCGCCCCGGUCUCCGUCGGCGAGAUCAUGCAGUUAUGGCAGGGUCGCCAAGUGGAACAAGGAGAACCCGCUGAAGGAGAUUGAACCUGGCGAUCGGAUUGUGCAGGUCGAGGAUAACGUGUGGAGCAACGACGCAAAGCCUUCAUGAUGCGCCUCGGCUUGCAGCUGAAAUCGCGGGGCAAUAGGGCCAUCUCGGUUAUGUUCCAGCGGUUCUUCAACGGAACCUCAGACGAAAAUGAUGAUAACGGGGUGCUCGGGGACGGCGACGUCAUGGGUGCUGAACAGUAAUCGGUGACGUUUCGUGAGCCGCCUGUUUCGGUGCAAUCCCUUUGUGGCAGUGUUGUUAUCCGCGUUGUUUCUUCUGUGCCGCGAUGGGCCAUGGGGAGUCUGCCUCUCGGCCCCCGAAGGUCAAAUUGGCGUCUGAGCGACCCAGGAAAGGCAUUCGUCGUUGGCAUCAUUUCCGACAGCAUCAUCAUCGCCGCCUUGUGCAAGCUUUGCGAUAUCGGUCUGCCU